AUGACCCUAGCUAUAAAUGGUGCAGAGCAGUACCAUAUUUCACUUACCAAUUGCAUAUCUUCCGAAGAGAAAGCCCGGAGGAAAGGAACAGAAGCAAUGUGGAAGCGAGAGAAAUUACUUGGAUGUGGAGGCCAAGCACAAGUUUUCCUACCCUCAACCCUACCCCAAUCUUCUUUUUCUUCAUAUCUUCUUCCCCCAUUAAUUGCAGUAAAAUCAGUUGAUGCAGUCAAUUGUAACCCUCUUAAGAGAGAAAAUCAAAUCCUUGAAGAACUUGGUGGUUGUGAAAGCAUAAUCGAACACUAUGGUGAUAAAUUAACAUUGGAGAAUGGUCAAACGAUUUACAAUAUCUUAUUGGAGUUUGCUGAAGGUGGUAUUUUAUGGAAUCAGAUUAAAACUUAUGGGGUUUAUGGAUUACCAGAAACACAAGUUAGACAUUACACUGAAUCCAUUAUUCUUGGUCUUAAGCAUAUACAUGAUCAUGGGUAUGUUCAUCGAGAUAUUAAACCUGAUAACAUCUUAAUUUGCAAGAAUAAUAUAGCUAAGAUCGCUGAUUUUGGGCAUUCCAAGAAAUUGAAUCCAUUUAAGAAGGGUAUGAGGAAAAAGAAACUGAUCUUAAAAGGUACACCUUUAUAUAUGGCUCCCGAAUCUGUUCUCCAUGGUGAGUAUGGAUCUAGUUGUGAUGUUUGGGCACUUGGGCGUGUUGUUUUGGAGAUGUUAACUGGGAAACAAGCUUGGGAUUUGCCACCCCAAACCGAAGAUGAAACUCUGUUUAGUUGCAUUACAUCAGAUAGCCAAUACCCAUCUGCACCAAUAUGGGUUUCGGGGGAAGCCAGGGAUUUUAUGACAAGAUGUUUUAUCAAGGAUCCUAGAUAUCGCUGGACUGUUGAUAUGUUGUUGAACCAUCCUUUUAUUGCUCAGAGUAAUGAAAUUGAUGAUCUUCCUCGGCCUAAUUUUCUUACAUCGAACCAUCAAGGCAUAUAUGAUAGUAGAAGAGGCGAUGUACAUCAUAAUGUUAAUCAGAGACUGGCAGAGUCAAUACAGUCAACUGAGGGGAACUCUAGAAUUUGCGGAAAGCGGAUGCGGACGGCUAUUCAUGAGGAAGAAGAAGUAAUGGAUUUAAAUGAUAUACAUCCUAUGAUUGCACAGGCUUAUAUGCGCUUUUGGUGUCCGUCUAUCAAGAGACCCAGAAAUGAUAUAUCCAAUCAGUCUGUAGAUUACAUCCCUUUGGGAUUUUAA